GUCAUCAUCAAGACGUGAAUCGGGAGUUAGGUACUUUUAUGGUGACAUAGCACGACCGCAUUCGGCAAUUGCCCGAUUCCCGCCCCGCCCAGAUUAGCGCUCUACUGGCAGCGGGGUCCGAGGUCGCCAUAUUAAUAAUUGCCUUGAUUGAUCAUUGUUUGAAGCAAUUGAGCAGUACAUAUAAAUUGGACAUACCGGAGCUACUUUUUUGGAAGGGAUAGUUUCCUUAUCUCACUCAUUUUCAACUAGCUCCUGACCGAAUCCAAAAGAGCGUGGAAAAUGGCUUCGAAACCGGAACUCCAACAGGUGUAUUCCAAAGGCAUAUACCAUGGCCUCCCUGUCUACCCAUCCGAAGUCAAAGGCCUCACGGCGAUCGUCACUGGUGCAAAUGGAAUCUCCGGGCAACAUAUGGUCCGCGCCCUCGGCGAGGCCCCCGAACGAUGGGCGAAGAUCUACUGCCUGUCUCGACGCCCUCCGGCCGUCGCAGACGCACUGCCGCCGAAUGCGGUGCAUAUCCCGUUGGACUUCAUGACGUCGCCAGAGGAGAUCGGUCGGGUGCUCAAAGAGAACGGAGUCACGGCCAACUACGUCUUCUUCUAUUCGUACAUUCAAGUGCCUUCAAGUGACGGGAAACGCCUCUGGGACAACGCCGACGAGAUGGUCCGUGUCAACACCCUCCUCCUCACCAAUUUCCUUGAAGCGCUUCCCCUCGCGUCUAUCAUGCCCAAGAACAUUAUGCUGCAGACCGGCGCGAAGAACUACGGGGUUCACUUGGGGCCGGCCGUGUCUCCGCAGGACGAGGACGAUCCUCGCAUCCUUUUGGAGCCAAAUUUCUAUGCGUCGCAAGAAGACAGCCUUUGGGCAUUCUGCGGCAAGCACGGGAUUAACUGGAGCGUCGCGCGCCCAUCGUGGGUCGUCGGCGCGGUCCCUGACGCGGCCAUGAACAUCGCGUACCCGCUCGCUGUCUAUGCGACAGUGCAGAAGCACCUCGGCCGCAAGUUGGAAUUCCCCUCUGAUAUCAUUUCAUGGGAGAAUGCGCAGGUCAACAGCACGGCGCUAAUGAACGGGUACUUCGAAGAGUGGGCGGCCUUGUCGCCGCAGGCUCAGAAUGAAGCGUUCAACACCACGGAUGACUGCAUGUGGUCGUGGGCGCGGUUCUGGCCGGAGUUCGCCAAGUGGUUCGGGCUGGAGUACACGAGGCCGGAUCCCGAGAAGGAUCAGUACCAGGAAAUGUGGAACAAAUAUGAUCCGCCGCCGAGAGGAUUCGGGGGUCCGGGAAACAUGAAGGCACGCUUUACGCUCACAUCAUGGGCAAAGCAACCGGAGGUCCAGGCUGCGUGGAGGGAGAUCGCAACGAAGCAUGGCCUCAUUGAAAAGGAGCUCCGAGACCCGGACCGUGUUUUCGGCUUCGCGGAUGCGGCACUUCUCCUCUCGCACCCCAUUCAGAUGAGGAUGGGCAAGGCGAGGAAGCUGGGUUGGCACGGCUUUGUGGACUCGUCGGAGAGUUAUCGAGAAACGUUCGAGGGCUUCGUCAAGCUAAACAUGCUUCCACAGCUGCCGUGGCAAUGA